AUGGAGUUGAAGGACCGGCCAGAGGAUUGGGAGUGGCUCUGCAAACAUUUUACGGACCCAAAAUUUGUGAAGAAAUCUAUUGCUGGCCAGAAAGCUCGGGAGUCAAAGACACUUCUCCACCAUUCUGGUUCAAAGCCCUUUUCGUAUAGGCUUGAGGCACGACGUGAGGAGGGUUCUAUGUUCCCAGAGAUCGACAUGUUCGAGGAAGUUUACGUUCGACCUAAUAAUGAGACCACUAAGCAACUUCAUGCUACUAUGGUGGAAAAAAGAGAUGAUGUUCUCCAUGAAGCAACAUCGCAGCUUCCCUCGGAGACUCCGAUCGAGGACAUCACACUACCUGAGGAUGUAGGUUUUCAGAUCAUGACUGAUGUCCUGGAUCAGAACUUCGGUCGUCGUCGUGGCAAGGUUGUUCGAGGUAUGGGGAAAGCGCGAGUUCGUGAAACGGGUGCCUCUUCUUCCAGAUCGAAAACAAUAGAGGUCAAUGCAUUGAAGGAGGAAGUGACGCAGCUGAGGGCCGAGGGUGAGCAGAUGAAGGUGCAGUUGAGGGCCCAGGAUGAGCGGAUGAAGGCCCAGGACGAGGAGGUGAGGACCUGUGUCGGGAGGGUGCAAGAACUUGUACAAGCCAUACAGAUGGCUGGCCUCCAAAUCUCGCUACCAGUACCUCAUCUUGCUCCACCUUCGACCUCAGACCCAUCUCGCCCUGCCGAUACCCAGUAGCUUGAUGUAUUAAACCAGUUCACUUGUAGUUUUUUUUUGU